ACCAAGAUAAUUAGUUUUUGUCAACAAUAUGUUGGAAUAAUAAGAUACUUUAGUGGAGAUGGUGUAUAGGGUUGGUAGAGCAGCACACAUACUUCGCCAUUUGUUUCUCCCAUUUCCCUGAUACUGAGUUACCUUUUACUCAUUCUAGCCUAUCACCUCAACAACAACACGCCGCCUUGCCGCCUUGCUGCCAGCACCUCCGUUGACUUUCAACAAUCUCCACCAUGCAAGCUUCCUUGAUUGCCCCAACUCCCCGCCCCACCAGCAUUCUCCCAUCCACAACUUUCCGACCACUCAUCCCAACUACCCAUAAACCCUACACAUUCUCACCCCGAGCCUCCGCCGCCUCCUCAUCUACAACCGAAACAGUCCCACCACCACCACAAUCUGUCUCCUCCGUCGACCCAUCAUCAAAACUCAACAAGUUCAGCUCCAGAAUCACGGAACCCAAGUCACAGGGUGGCUCUCAGGCCGUCCUUUACGGCGUAGGUCUCUCCGAUGACGACCUUAAAAAACCCCAAAUUGGUAUUUCAUCUGUUUGGUACGAAGGGAAUACCUGUAAUAUGCACUUACUGAAGCUAGCCGAGGCUGUGAAAGAAGGGGUUCAAGAUGCUGGAAUGAUUGGAUUCAGGUUCAACACUAUUGGGGUUAGCGAUGCCAUUUCAAUGGGGACUCGAGGAAUGUGUUAUAGUCUUCAAUCCAGGGAUUUAAUUGCUGAUAGCAUUGAAACUGUUAUGUCUGCUCAAUGGUAUGAUGCCAAUAUCUCCAUCCCUGGUUGUGACAAAAACAUGCCAGGUACGAUUAUGGCAAUGGGGCGCUUGAACAGACCAAGUAUAAUGAUCUAUGGUGGCACCAUUAAGCCUGGUCAUUUUCAAGGCCAUACAUACGAUAUAGUAUCUGCAUUUCAGGUUUAUGGAGAAUAUGUAAGUGGUUCCAUAACUGAUGAACACAGAACAGAUGUGCUUCGUGCUUCUUGCCCAGGGGCAGGGGCAUGUGGAGGAAUGUACACUGCUAACACCAUGGCUUCUGCCAUUGAAGCAAUGGGAAUGUCUCUUCCUUACAGCUCGUCAACACCUGCUGAAGAUCCAUUGAAGUUGGAUGAGUGUCGCUUAGCUGGAAAGUAUAUUCUUGAGUUACUAAAAAUGGACUUGAAGCCAAAAGACAUAAUUACCCCUAGAUCAAUGCGUAAUGCAAUGGUUACUGUGAUGGCGCUUGGUGGAUCCACUAAUGCUGUAUUACACUUGAUUGCCAUAGCAAGAUCAGUUGGCUUGAGUUUGACUCUUGAUGAUUUUCAGAAGGUUAGUGAUCAAGUUCCGUUUCUUGCGGAUCUUAAACCAAGUGGAAAAUACGUUAUGGAAGAUGUACAUAAGAUUGGAGGAACACCUGCAAUUCUUCGUUACCUUUUGGAGCUCGGGUAUCUAGAUGGAGAUUGUAUUACAGUCACGGGGAAGACAUUGGCUGAAAAUGCAAAACUUUUCCCUUCUUUAUCCGAAGGGCAGCAAAUCAUAAAAACACCAGAAAACCCGAUAAAGAAAACGGGUCAUCUUCAAAUAUUAUAUGGAAAUCUUGCACCUGAAGGUUCAGUAGCAAAGAUCACAGGAAAAGAAGGGUUAUAUUUCUCUGGUCCUGCAUAUGUCUUUGAGGGGGAGGAAGCCAUGAUUGCAGCCAUCUCUGAAGAUCCCAUGAGUUUUAAGGGGAAAGUGGUUGUUAUUAGAGGAGAAGGUCCUAAAGGGGGCCCUGGUAUGCCUGAAAUGCUGACACCAACAAGUGCAAUAAUGGGUGCAGGUCUUGGGAAGGAAUGUGCAUUAUUAACUGAUGGAAGAUUUUCAGGUGGUUCACAUGGAUAUGUUGUUGGACAUAUUUGCCCUGAAGCACAGGAAGGUGGUCCAAUUGGUCUAGUGAAAAACGGGGAUGUAAUUACUAUAGACAUCAGCAAGAGGAGAAUGGAUGUUGACUUAACUGAAAAAGAGCUGGAUGAGAGAAGAAAAGCAUGGAAAGCUCCUGCAUAUAAGGCUGAAAGAGGUGUCCUUUACAAGUACAUCAGGAAUGUUCAAUCAGCCUCGAAAGGAUGUGUAACAGAUGAGUCAUAGAGGCGAAUUGAGAUUAGGGAAGAAGAUCUAGAGAAUUAUUCCAACUCCGGCUUAUUAUUUAUCUUUGUGUUACAAACAUACUUUUGGUUGUUUUGAGAUUUGAAACUAGAGGAUCCAGACAUUGUGAAAUGGUCCGAGUUAGUUGUAUGUAUCAUGUUCAUUUCAAAUUUUAAACCGACAUAAAUUCAAAAAGAAAGUGGUCGGUUCCACAGACGUGGGUUUAUAUUUCGGCAAACGUGGAUGAAUUCUUUUAAGGGUGUAAUCUCCAAUCUCAAAUUUUGGCACAAUUUACGUGUUUGUCCGAAAUUAAAUUUCUUUUAUGAAUUUUUUUUGAAAACUGCUUAACAUUUUCGGUUCAACUAUUUUUUACCUUUUCAUCAUGUAACCUGUUGGAGCUGCUUCCUUUUACCGAAGCGCCUCCACAGGCUUUGCCUUUUUAGCCGGAAGCCUUGCUGUGACUGCCAUACUACGUCUUCUAUCUUCUCAAAUUGGCGGGGGUGAUUCUAGUGACUACUUUAUCUUCCCCAACGACUUCACUUCACAUCCCAACACAUUCGCUUGUUGUAUCCCUAGGGUUGUCAUCUGACUUCAUCUCCCUCUCGCUCGUGAUCACUUACACCCGUCACAAUAAACCGCCGUUGGAAAUAUUCGAAAUUGUUGCCAUCGGCAACCCUACUGGCGGUGGUGUUGCAUGGUUUUCCAACAUUGAUAUGGGUGAAUAGAAGAUUGGGGUUUGCUUAUGGUGGGAAGAAGAGGCAGUCGGAUGCAAAUGGUGGCAAAAGGUGAUGGUGACAAACGGCAGGGCGGGGUAGUGGUGGUAAACGGCAGGGUUAUCCACUGGUGUGAGGGGAGCCUGGAGAAAAUGGUCGUAAUGGAACAUUUACUUGGUUUUAAGACUUUUUUUUGUAAAAACAAAUCAGUUAGAGACUAUUUCGUGAACUGGACCAAAAUAUUGCGAUUUUUCUACAAAAAAUCAUUCUUUAGGAUUGACGCAAACCAUUACGAACAAAGAAGUUAUUGAAGAGACAUAUCCUUUCGGUGUGGAAGGGAUUAUAAUUAUUAUUUGUAAUUAUUUAAAAGUGUAGGUAGUAUUGUCGGUUACGAAUUAUAUUCGUAACAAUGUAAUGAUGUGACAUAAAGUUAGUAAUGUGAUAUAAAGUGUGUAAGACCCAUAAUAAUCUAAGGGUCUAAAAUGUAAAUUAAGUUUGUCUUCUUGCAAUCAUUUGAUUGCAAUUAUGUAAUUGUAACUGGCUUUUUAAGGGCAUAUAAAUAGGAUUUGCCCAUAAGGAAUAAAGCAUGAGUUGUGUCUAAAAAACUUGAAUUAACUUUCAAAGUUUGAUCGGUUGAAAUAUUUUUAUAUUUAUAAAUAAUAGGGUUUUCUAUCUAAAUCUAUACAUACCAUCUAAUAUUAUCCAUAUCAUUAUCAAGCAUCAACAUCAAUCCUACACAUCAUUAUUGUAUAACGAUCCUAUCCAUCCUAAUUUUAUUAAUCUUAUCCUCCAAAAUUACAAGGAAGAUAAAAUUAAUAAAAAUUUGAAUUAAUAAAAAUUAUGAUGGAUAUGAUUGUUAUACUUGAAUUAAUAAAAAUUAUGAUGGAUAAGAUUGUUAUACCUGAAUGGUGUGUUAGAAUGAUUUUGAUGUUUGAUGAUAAUAUGGAUAAUCUUGGAUAGUAUGGAUAAAUCUGGAUAGAAACUCUGUUGUUCAGAAAUAUAAAAAUAUUUCAACAGAGAUCAAACUUUGAGAGUUAACUCAAGUUUUUUAAUC